ACCUUAAAAUAACAUGAAAAUUGUUGAUAUUUAUUACCAAUGUGCUCCUUGCCCCCCUGUUUCUCAAAAUCAACAGGCUCCUCAUUCCUGAAUUCCCAACAAAACAACACAAUGUAUUCAAUUUAUUAUUAGUCUUUUCUCCAGCAAUCAAACCUCAAUCAUUCACUAAGCUUUCUGAUGUUCUUUAUUAAUCAAUCCUUACCCAUUGUUAUUAUCCUCAACCCAAUUACACCCAUCAUCUAUCUGACCCAUCAUCUGAGUUAGUUAAUAAGUUUCAAAUUGAAGCCUUGUUUUUCGAUCUAAACCAUGGAUCAACAAAUUAAAAUACAAGAAGAAGAAGAAGAACAUCAUGUUUCUGCUGCUGCUGCUGCUGCUGCUGCUGCUGCUGCUGCUGGUGGUGAAACUAGGAACAUUAUAUUCGGAAAGUACGAGGUUGGAAGGGUCCUUGGGCAAGGCACCUUUGCGAAGGUGUAUUAUGGUAAAAACAUAGUGACAAAUGAAAUGGUGGCAAUCAAAGUGAUAAGCAAAGAACAGGUGAAAAAAGCAGGAAUGAUGGAAGCAAUCGAGAGAGAGAUCUCUGUAAUGAGAUUGAUUCGUCACCCAAAUGUUGUAUCCCUAAAAGAAGUUUUAGCUACGAAAGGAAGAAUAUAUUUCAUAAUGGAAUAUGUUAAAGGGGGUGAACUCUUCUCCAAAAUUGCAAAAGGAAGGCUAAAAGAAGAUUAUGCACGUAAGUAUUUCCAACAACUAAUUAGUGCAAUUGAUUAUUGUCAUAGUCGUGGGGUCUCACACCGUGAUCUUAAGCCUGAAAAUCUGUUGUUAGAUGAGAAUGAGAAUCUUAAGGUUUCUGAUUUCGGGCUCUCUGCUUUGCCUGAACAUCAUAGACAAGACGGCUUACUUCAUACUCAAUGUGGGACUCCUGCUUAUGUAGCCCCUGAAGUGUUAAGGAAGAAGGGUUAUGAUGGUGCUAAGACUGAUAUUUGGUCUUGUGGUGUUAUAUUGUUUGCAUUACUUUCUGGUUUUUUACCAUUUCAGGAAGUUAAUAUUAUGAAAAUGUAUAGUAAGAUAUUCAAGGCUGAUUAUGAGUUUCCUCCUUGGUUCCCUCUUGAUGCUAAGAGACUCGUUUCUAAGCUCUUGGUUGUGGAUCCAAAUAGAAGGUUGUCUAUUCAAGGGAUCAUGAGACAACCCUGGUUUCGAAAGGGCUUAUUGAAACCUUCUUUGUCAUUGUCAUGUUUUAUUCCUCAACAACAAGUCCUAGCUCAUCAUGAUCAUCAUCAUGAUCAUCAUCAUCAUCAUCAUCAUGAUCAUCAGGAAGUAUUGCUAGUCAAAGAGGCUAAACAGCUAUUAUCACCUCGAUUUUAUAAUGCUUUUGAGUUCAUAUCAUCGAUGUCAUCAGGGUUUGAUUUAUCAAGUUUGUUUGAAAAUAACAACAUCAGAAAAUCAGGCUCAAUGUUUACUUCCAAGUGCUCUGCAUCGGAUGUAAUAGACAAAUUUGAAGACUUGGGAAAGAAAUUGAAUUUAGAAGUGAGUAGUAAGGAGUUUAAAGUGAAGAUGCAGGGAAAGGAAGAAGGCCGGAAAGGGAGGUUGCAGAUGACGGCGGAGGUGUUUGAGGUGGCGGAGGAAGUCACCAUGGUGGAGUUCUCAAAGUGUGCAGGGGAUACACUUGAGUAUCUCAAGUUUUGUGAGGAAGAUGUAAGGCCAGGUUUGAAAGAUAUUGUUUGGAUUUGGCAAGGGGAAACUAACUCUAAUGUUCUUCACUGUAAUUCCUAGGAUUUACUCCAAAAAAGAGUUAUGAUAUGUAUAGGUGACUCCAUCUUAAGUUUUUUUUUUUGUUAAUGACUUGUGUUAGAACUUAGAAGGGGGUGUCAUUCUCAUGUUUUUGUAAAAAAUGAAUUACCCUAUGUAUGGCCUAUGUGCUAAGGUAGUAUGUACUCCCUAUGAUAUGAGGAGGAAUUAAACUAGUAGUGUUAUAAGUGUAACUAAUAGUAUGAUCUUAUAUCAUAUCUCUACUUCCAUUGCAUGGAACUUGAAAGUAUAUAUUAGUAGUAGUCGAUCGGUACUCCUA